UCGUUAUCUCAUUUUCUUUUGUUAUUGCUUUCGUUGGUCAGAGGACAAUACACGCCCACUUUGCUCGCUCGUGCUCCGCGUAUGCGCCAGACAAGAUGAAGGCAUUUGACCUGCUUCUCCUCGGGUGCUCGGUCUUGUUGACCGGGGUGCUGGCCAACAACGAGGCGGCGCCCUACGAGCUGCUGCACUACUACUACGUCUACAAACUGGAAUGGGACACGGGGGUGACCAAGACCAUCGCGCCGGGCUGUGCCACCAGGUACGGACACAUGUGCUAUUUCGACGAGUUCGCCAAGUACCUGAUGGACUCGAACUGGCGCGCGGCGUACCGGCCGACCGCGGCGGACCACACCAAGACCCCAGGCACGGGGGCCGUGACCCGGCUGUCGAGCGGCAUCCCCCAUUCUGCGCGGUACCAGCUGAGCCUACUAUUGCCGCACAUCACUGUCGACGCGCGAUCCUUCCCCCUCGUCUUCGAGACGGUCCUCAACGCCGCCGACACCGCCAUCGCCGCGGACGGCGUGAGCAAGGACGACCUGGAACAAGCGGUGGCCAUGGCCCAGCAGGUCAAGGCGGCGCGCACGCCCCCUGUCUUCGAGAUCCAGGAGGCGGCGUUCAAAGCCCGUCUCGGGGAGGCGACGUUUGAUGACUGGGUCCAGGUCACCGCGAACGGGUUCAAGUGGCCCGAGACCUUGGCCGGGAUCGACAGCGCCAUCCAAGAGGGUGAACUCACGGCCGAGGAGGGCGCGACCCUGAAAGAAAACAUUCGCUCCUUCUCGUUGACCUACGAGCAUGAUAUUCUCGCCGGGGAGGUCUCGGACCACAAUCACUUGAAUAUCGUCAAGGCGCUGGCAACCUCCAUCACCAGUCUGACCCGCGCCAUCGAGGACAAGUUUCCGACGAGUGAUGACGCGUCGUCGCGGGCGUGGCCGUCGAGCGAGUGUGAGAGCGAGUUUAGCUCCUCCAGCUCGUCCUCCGAGUCGGACUGAAGGUCAUACCCAUGGGUUUUGCUCGGGCGAGGUCAGAGGUCAAAGAACAUGUCCCGGGAGUCGGGCACAUUCUCGUUAUGUGCCUGCUGGGCGCUU